AUGGCCAAUGGCGGGUGGGCUCGCGCCGCGUGCCGGUUGGCUGGGUUUGUUGUCCCCGCGUGCAGGAGAUUUCAGCCUAUCCGCUCCGCGAGUCUGGCAGCCAAUCUUGUCCUCGCCUCGUCCCACUCACACGCAAGCCGCCAGAGAAACCCUAGCCCCUUUCCCGUCGGUCCCCACAGCCUCCCACUCCCCUGUGCCUCGUCUCCUCCUCGCUCCCUCCACUUCUCUCCUACGCCGCCGCCGCCUCCCCUUCUCCCUGCUCUUCGCCUCCGUCCUCCCCUCGACACCCUCGCCUCCGACCUCUCCGGCAGCACCCCAACUCCACUCUCGGGCCAAGCCGAGUCACCUCCAGGCCAGCAUCCGCUCCACCCCGUUCUUCUCCAUCCGAGCAGCGGCGAGCCCGCAGAUCUGGCGCCCCGGGAGUGGAAGAAACAAGGAGUAGGCGCCACCAGAUGGAGGAGGAGAUGGCGCCCAGGGAGAGUGGCGGCGGCGGCCCCUCUACCUACGACCGAGCCAGGGGACAAAAAUGGCAGCGGCGGCAGGGAGCAUGCGAGCAACGACGGUGACUGGACGCCAGGAGCUGGACGAGUUGGUCCAUGCCGAGGAAGAUGGCGUUGCGUGAAAAUGAAGCGAAUUAACAGUGAAAAAAUAGCAGAAGCAACGCCUGGGCUGUGGAAUUAAUGGUUGAACAAAAUCUAUGGUUGAUAUGCAGUUUAGUCGUGGCUAAUAUGAACUUUUCUAUUACUACUUCUGGAUUGUUCAGUAAAACGAAAGCUCAUGGUGUGGCAUGUCACUUUCCUUGCACAUAUAUUUCUAC